CGAUGACAGUUUCUCAGUUCAAAGUUGUCAUGGCCUGUCAGAAUUGCACUGAAAUAUUUGUAAAUACAUAAGAGUACUCGUUUAUGUGGGCACAUUAGUGGCUGAUGUUAUCAUUUAUAUUAUUUUUGUUCUAAAUUGUAACAAUAUGGAUGAUGAAAUAGAAGACGUAGUAGGCGAUGUAAAGCUUACAGAAUCACAGAAAAGUGUAGCCAUGUCGAAUGUGUACUCUCUGGACUUCAACGACAACGACAGCAGCUCUGAGAAACUCAACUCCUCGGGAAUGGAGACAUACGUGCUAGAGUGGGACAGCGAAGACAGUGAUUGUUCUGUUAUGCCAAGCAACGUCAGCAUCAUCAACAUGAAAGACAGACCUGCCAAGCCUGUCCUCAUCAACAGAGACACACAAUAUGAAGCUACCAAGAAAAUCAACACAGCCUCCUCCAAAUGCACCAUUAUAGCACAAGAAAUAUUUACUCAGACCAGCAAGACAAUCAUAGAACUAGCUGAGAGCGACGGCGCAGUCAGGAGACCAAUCGGAAGCAAAACAUUAGAAACCCAAACCUCAUUCAUAUCAAUAACGGAAAAUAAAACUGUUGAGUAUACCAUACAGAUGGCAAGUGUUACGCAAAACAUUCCUAGAAAUGAAAGCAUUGGCGAUUCCGGCGAUAAUACCACUGUUAAUGCCACCGAAUGUCACCAAAUAUUCCCAAAUUCUAUAGAUGACGGUUCCUCGAAGUUUGUUAUAUCUGAAACAGAAAACGAAAAAACCGACGACUGUACGAGUGACAACAGUUCACAUAGCACCGACAAAGUGACUACAAACAUUGAUAACGACGAUUCUAAAGAAAACACAAAUGAAUUGGCAGACGAACCACCUGAGUACGAGAGUACGAGUGAAUUCGAACAAUCACCCGAUAUCACUGAUAAUGACAUGGAAGAAGAUUCUCUCAUGGAACCUAAGCUUAAACCUAGCAAUAGCGAUAACCAAACCGACAGCAGCAGCACUCCACGAUCUGUUGACAACGACGUUGCUGAACUAUACAGCAAAUUAUCUGAGAGCUUGGAAUGCCACCUGCGCACUUCUGAUUAUGAAAAUAAACGCUUCGGACACCUAACUCCUUUGACUGAAGAAUCAGUGAUAAAGAAAAAUAGCUCUAGCGACAUAAAUGUUGAGACACCGCACAAUAACACCUGUCAAAGUGAUGAUGAUGGUGUUCUGUUCACAAAUAACGCCGGAAUUAAAGUUAAGAUGUUUCCAAAACCAGAGAAUAGCAAAGAAAUUGAAACCUUGAAAUUGCCACCCAUCCAAGGUAACUACAACUGUUCCGAUGGUGGCAAUCUAAAUUUCUUAUUUUCCAUAAGUAAUAAUAAAUUAUCAGCUAAGAAUAACAACUUGCCGAGCGUUAAUGAGGAUAGAAAAGAAAGGAACGUUGAUCGGUGGGAAAUAGGAUCUAAAGAACUCGCGGCAGGCGAAAGUCCACUUAUAAGUGGCAGAAGUGCAAAAGCUUUGCAGUCCGCGGAAUAUAUCACAAUGGCGUGCGGACCAGACAUCGACAGAACCGUCCAACUGCCUCCCAUCCACGCGGAUUGCCACGUGCCGAACACUGCGACCAGGUCCGACCUCCACGUGCCAACUGGGAGCAAGCCGGACGUGCUGGUCACCGAGUCCACCUCUCCCAUCAGCAUUAAGGACAAAAUCAAAGAGCUCAAGAUGAGCCACAGGCCACGGAAUUCUUGGACCCAUUCGAAGUUUGCGCAUGGAACAGAAAGCAGAAGUGGCUCCCCCAGCACCACCAUGUCUCCUGACGAGAGCAGAAUCACAGAUGCCGCGGAACGAGGAUGUGAACUGCUCUGCGCCGAGCUGCUGAAGAAACUGCGCUCGCACUCCUGGUUUGAAGUAGCAGAUGCUUUGGAAGACCUGCCUCGUGUCUUGGAUAAGUUUUGGGGAGUCAUAGCUGAACACAGAAUUGCAGAUCUAAUAAGACAGGUGACAGCUCACGUAGAAUCCCCGAGAACCCAGGUAGCGCGCGCCGCAUGCAGCACUCUUGCCGUUAUACUCAAGAACACCAACUACACUAAAAAACCCGACUUCUACGAAGCCGUGACAAUUCUACUAAUCAAGACUGGCAGCUUCAGUCGCCCAGUCAGACGCGCUGCCAAUGUGGCUCUAGACGACAUUGUCUGUGGCGUAGACUUGAGUCACGCAGUCACUGCACUAUGCAUCCACGGCUCCGGGCACAAGAGCGCUCUAGUGCGGUGCGCGGCAGCCCGGCUGCUAGUGGUGUGCUGCGCGCUGGGGGGCGGGGGGCGGGACCUGCUGCGCGCGCGCCCCCCCACCGCGGCUAGUGCGCGCCGCCAUGCGCUGCGCUCGCUCGCCGCGCUGCUCGAUGAUAAGAGCACUGAUGCUAGAAAGUACGCUGAGCGUCUAUACACAAUGCUGCGCCCGCUUUCAAACUUCGAGGCGUAUUACCUGACAGACGUGGACGUUGAAGUGGCUUCUCGACAGAUGAAGAAGUACGACCAGCAGCUGCUGAGUGGACCCCCGGAGGGCAGGUGACGUCACAACCUGGGCCAAGAGGUCAACGGCCCCAGGGGGCCAUCGCGAGACAAAGUCACUUCGACUGUGACCUAGGGACCGACCCUAGUUGUCAUGUAUAAUUCUGAAGCCAAAACAUAAACUUACAUGUAUUAAAAAACAACCGUUUUUCAUGUAGCGAACCAACGAGAAUUUGUGUAACAAAGUUUUUUUAUAACACAAAAAAACUAACAAAUUUAAUCAAAGGCUUCUAAAAAAGUACUCCAUGAAACGAGGACAGUGUAUUUCGAAUCUUUUAGUGCUGUUCUGAUUGUAAAAAACAUAAAUAAAUAAUCCAUUAAAAAAAUCUUACAGCACACAAACACAAAAAUAUUAAAAAUGUUACUUAGCGUUGUAUUUGUUUGAAUACUGCGAGACUGCGUUUGAUAUGAUUCUUAUAUAUGUAUCAGAACUUAGUUUUAAAUUGGCCGAUUUUAAAUUUAAAUCUCUAUUAAAAUUUUGAAGUUAUUUUUUUCUACAAUCACCGUGGUAAUUAUACGGUAUGGAAUUCUGCUUUACAGCUUACCAUCGCUUCAAGGAGUUCCUUCUUGUAACUCUAUUCUCUCUGGUACAAUCACAAAUAAAGUAGUAUGUUACUACAAGUGAGCCUUAUCGUCGUCUAAACCCCUAGUUCCAUAUAUAAUAUUUGUUUUUGUUAGAAAAGGUGAUAUUAGUACAAAUAGUUUUGUAAAUAUAUUAUUGUAUUUACACAAUAUCUUAGUGCAUGUUUUUGUAAACAUAUAUUUAUUGAAUCUGUGUCGGUCAUUAGAUAGGUUUUCAUUGAGUUUUGUACGCCACGGUUGUAAAAUAAGUAUGACUUUUGGAUUUAUAGUAAAGUGUGUAGAUAAACUGCUGCGUUUUAUUUGAAGAUUUUUAAUACAUG